UGAACAAAAUGGCGCCUGAGCUCUGAAAUUGUAAGCUGACCGGGUGUCAUGAAAUAUAUACGAUACUCCGAUUGACUCCGAUAAAUCUUAAAAAAAACCGACGCGUUACUUGAAAUAUCAGUAUUUUCGGUCGCACAAAAAGCUAGCCAAAUAUUGCGAACUCGGAUAAAGUUUCAAGUGGCUGAUAAUAAUGACUGAAAUAUUAGUCUAUUGAUGUGUUAACGAUGACCCGUAAAAAAAAGUGAAAGAAUAAUCGGGCCUUUGUGGGACCGAAUAAAGAACCUCAAGGAAGAUCAGGGCGAAUUGGUGAAUUUGUCGUUUCAAUUAAAUAUCGUUCGAGCUGAAUCACUUAAUUAAACGAAAACAUAUCUAUGUACCAUCAUGUACUUCGAUCGAUCCUACUCAAGAGAAAACAACCUCUCUACUGAAAUGCUUUCAUCUUUACGAACAUUUUUUAACGUCCUCUGUCAGAUCUAACUUUUUUCUUUUUUUCGAAUUUCAAAACUAAAUUACCACGUAAAUGUAAAGAAUAUUAUUAUUUCGCGAUUGUUAGUUUAUUCUUAGCAUAAUAGUUUUGCUAUAAAUUAAGAAAUAAACAAUGAGCGACGUUAAACAAAAGGUAGGAGAAAGUUCCAGUGGAGAGGUUGAUAACGGGUUUUGGAGCUGUAGGGAUCUCACCGACGUUGUACCCCUUCACCCACCGAAGGGCUUAUAUUUAAAACCAAUCGCAAAAAUUAAUGUGUCCGUUAAUCUUCCACGACUGAAAACCCCAGGAAAAACAAUAUCAAUAUGGGAAGUAAUGGAGAAGAUAAGAGGACUCAUACAACCGGACGAAUUCACGUCGCUCAAAGUAGCCAAAAGUACCUUGGAAUUCAUCAGGCUGGAAGGAGAUUUGAGCGACAGAUGCAGGCUUCAAAGAGUGCUCGCAAGAUUGGAUUCUCAGCACUUGAAUUUAGCCGGAUUUCCAAACGUACUGAAAGUCCGAGUCGCAGAGGCCAAGGAUGACUUUCCAACAAGACACUCAUGGGACUCUUACUUCAGAGAUGCCAAACAUAUGAACGAACUAAAGCCUGGGGAAAGACCAGACACUGUACACAUUAUGGGUCUCCCUGUCAAAUGGUUUAGCGAAGACGGAGGUAAUACACCAAGUGAGUCUGUCGUAAGCAGAGUUUUUAAAAGAUGGGGCCCACUCAGAAGAGUUGAUGUUCCUGCUGCCGAUGUCUACAGACCGAGAAUGAGACUGGGCACAAAUAUACAGAAAUUCAGCUUCGGCGAUGGUGUUUUCUUCGAUGCUUAUAUUCAGUACAUUGAGUACAUGGAUUUUGUAAAAGCUAUGGAUGCUUUGCGAGGCAUGAAAUUACUGAAAAAAGAGGCCAAAACGUGUCUCACCGCUCUUUUGAAGGUCGACUUUGACAAAACUAAACAUAUGAGUGACAGCACGGUCUCUCAUCGUGCAUUCGAGAGGAAACGUCUAAUAGCUCAAGACAGUUUAGCCGCUGAAAAAUUACGCAAGAAGGAAGAGAUCGAGGCACAAAAAAAAGAAGAGACAAAGAAAAAAGAGGCGGCCGACAUUGAAGCAAAAGAAGCAAAAAGACAAACGAGAGAAGAAAAGAGAAAAAUCCGAGUAUUCCGUAAACAGGAAGAGGACAAAGUCUCAGUUAAAAUUGCUAGAGAAGAACAGAAGCUGAUGAAAGCACAGCGGCAGUUGGAGAGCAUAAGAUUGUUAGACGAGCUUUUCGAUAGAAUAAAGAUCAAGGUUGAGAAAAAGGAGUUAAUAAUAGGCGAAAAAAACGAGACUGGCGGAAAAAGUGGUCACAAAAAAACGGAUAAGACAAACAACGAUCAGGGAUCGCACAAAUCAAGUGAGAGAGAAAGCGAAAAAAAGAGUGACAAGAAGAGCAAGAAAUUGAAGAAAAAGAAAUUGAAAAAAGAAAAAAAGAAAAAGGAAAAGAAUUCAAAGUCAGGAAGUUCUUCCGACAACUCGGACAGUGAGAGUACAAAGAAGAGGAUGAAAAGUGUUUUGACGAUGAACAACAUUCAAUCGUCUUCCGCAGGUUCGAUACCAGUGGAUCCGAGUAUGAAUUUUUCUCAGAUGUAUUCAAGGUUUCCUCAAGCAUGGUAUUACGAAGCAGCGUUGCCGAUGUUAUAUCCGGCCAUGGGACGUGGAGGGCCCCGAGGGGGAUUACCCAAUCGGUUCCAGCGUGGACGAGGCAGAGGAGGAUACGGUUUCCGUCGGGGCAAUAACCGAGGCGCAAUGAGAACGUUCAACCCUCACAUUUACAACGAGCAAUAUUACAAAUAUUUCGCUAAUCUUGCUGGCCAAGACUAUUUGGACUUUGAGAGUGAUUACGAUGACAGAAGAUCGAAUUCGCGAUCACGUACGCGAGGUAGAUCGGAAUCGCGUUCGCGUACGCGAGGCAGAACGAAAUCGCGUUCGCGUACGCGAGGUAGAACGAAAUCGCGUUCGCGAUCGCGCGGGAGGUCGAAAUCGCGUUCCCGGACGCGUGGAAGAUCAAAAUCGCGCUCGCGCUCGUGCUCGCGUGGUAGAACGAAAUCACGUUCGCGCAGUAGGUCAAGGUCACGCUCGAGGAGACGCUCCCGCAGGCGCCGCCGCAGCAGCGAUACUUCCAGCGCCAGUCGGUCCCGCUCUAGAAGAACCCGUGGAAGAUCAUCCUCCUCCUCGCGCAGUAGUUCGCGUUCGAAGCGAUGGCGAUCGAACAAGAGGUCGCGUACGAAAUCACCAGAGUCAUCGAGGAAUCGCAAAAGCAGACGGAAACGAAGCAGAUCGAAGGUCAUGAUAACGCGAGCUAAAUCUCGCUCAAUUUCCGGAAAAAGACGCUCCCACAGCAGCUCUUGGUCCAUGCCAAAAUCGUCACGCCAGCGUAGCUGUUCUUGGUAAAAAAAAAAGUUCAACAAAAACGAGCCAACGAAUCGUCGAUCUGACAGAAAAUUACAAUAACGUCUGCUAUCGACUGAAUCUGUCGCUUGGGACUGAUCUCUACGAAAUGAACAAAAAACAAACGGUUAUAAAUUAUUAAGGCGGAAGUUUGAAAACCCGGUCAACAAUUUUCUUCGACAUUUCUUGCUUCCAGUUUCUUUAUACAUCGACAUCUUCAUACUUUGCUCGUUCUCAAUAAAACUUGAACGAUUAAGAACAGAAAAAGAAACACGAAAAUAAACAAAAUAUUCCACUGUAAUUAGUUUUCAAUAAUUUACCCAAUAAAAACCUGUGCUUUUCUUUCCAUUCGAA